AUGACGACGAUAAAGAGCUUUAAAUCGACGGAUAUUCUGAAUUUCAAUAAAAUAAACCUCGAUUACUGGACAGAGACGUAUUCCAUCUCGUUCUACCAGCAAUACCUCAUCAAUUGGCCUGAUAUCUGCAUCAGCCUCACGCACCCUGAUUCCUCCUUGAUGGGUUAUUUGUUCGGUAAAAUUGAAGGGCGGGGCUUGGACCACCACGGCCACGUUACCGCUCUCUCUAUAUCCCCCACUCAUCGCAAGAUUGGUCUCGCCAGCGAGCUUAUGAAAGCAUGCGAGCACCUCUCUGCUACGCUCUCGCCCACCUACUUUGUCGACCUCUUCGUACGCCUCACCAACUCCAAUGCCAUCCAUAUGUAUACAAAACUCGGCUACUCCGUCUUCAGGCGCGUCGUUGGCUACUACGGCGACCACGAAGAUGCAUACGACAUGCGCAAGUCUCUACCGCGCGAUGUCGAUGGCGUGACGGUGAGGAGUGAUGGCCAUCUACACCGCUGUGCACCCGAGGACACUGUAUUCGAUUAA